AUGGAGAAAGAAGAAGUUGAAGUUAUUUUUAUGCCAGAGUUUAGAACGAUAAACGUUAAGGCGAGAUUGUGUAAAAUACGAUUAAAAAUACCACCAUCAGUGCUGAACAGCUCUCGAUCUCUGCCUUCUUCCACUUUGACCACGUCUUCGCUAGCUUCUCAAGCUGGCAGAAAGCUCAAAGAAAUAUCAAUCAUUGUUGCUCAGCAGCUUGAGGCUUUAUCGAAAAUUUAA